AUGGCCUUCUUGGAAGUGCAGCAAUGGCUCAAUGCUGAGGACACAAACUUCCGGUCCAUCCCGCUCGGCGGUGUUGUUGUGCUGGGCAUUGUGAGCAUUGUGGCCUUGUCCAGGGCCAUCAACAUGUAUCGCGCGGGAAUGGCCGUGGAAGAAGCUCUCGUGAAGCAUGGUGCAUACUGA